AUGGCGAAAACCUUCUCUGCGCCCGUGGCCCGGCCUGCCGCCCUGAUUUCCCGCGUCAUCGUCUGCCCACCUUCUCCGUCUUCAUGCCUGGGCCCAUCACACACCGAGACGGGGCAGAGCAUAUGGGGACCGGCCUGGGGGGUCUCAGCCGUCGGGUGA